UGCGCAUGUUCUGCGCGUGUUGCCGGUUGGCGACUGCAGUGGAAGUCUAGAGAGUUCUGUAGAAAUUUUGCUUCAUAGAGGUUCGCUGUGUGGUAAUAUAGACGCUUAGAGAAACCGGCUUUUGAUACAAGGUCACAUAAAAAGGAAGGUAGUCAUUGAGAUUUUAUAGACUGGGUAUUAACAUAUAUUACGUUCAUCCUUGCUUUCCUUUUUUUUUUUUUUUAAACAAAUUGGUAUAUAUUUUUAGGAGAAAGGGCCAUCUCUCCAUCAUCUUCAUUAUGUCAGUGGUAGGUAUUGAUGUUGGCUUCCACAACUGCUACAUCGCUGUUGCUAGGAGCGGGGGCAUCGAAACCAUCGCAAAUGAAUACAGCGACAGAUGCACGCCAGCAUGUGUAUCUUUGGCAUCCAGAAACCGUACAAUUGGAAAUGCAGCAAAGAGCCAGAUGAUAACCAAUGCAAAGAACACAAUCCACGGCUUCAAAAAGUUCCACGGCAGAGCAUUCGAUGAUCCCUUUGUGCAGGCGGAGAAGUCGAAGGUUCCGUACAGCCUGCACAAGAUGCCCAAUGGCAGCACUGGAUUUAAGGUGCGAUAUCUGGAUGAGGAGAGGCUGUUCACAAUUGAGCAGGUGACAGGAAUGUUGCUGACUAAAUUAAAGGAGACUUCAGAGGGGGCAUUGAAGAAGCCAGUGGUAGAUUGUGUCAUUUCUGUUCCCAGUUUCUUUACGGAUGCUGAGAGGAGAUCUGUGAUUGAUGCCUCUCAGAUUGCUGGUCUGAACUGUCUGCGCCUGAUAAAUGACACCACUGCAGUGGCUCUUGCUUAUGGAAUAUAUAAGCAGGAUCUUCCUACCCCCGAGGAGAAACCCAGGAACGUGGUGUUUGUGGAUAUGGGACACUCUGCCUACCAGGUUUCCAUCGCUUCCUUUAACAAGGGAAAACUGAAGGUUCUUGCCACUGCUUUCGACUCUUACCUGGGAGGCAGAAACUUUGAUGAAGUCUUAGUGGAUUAUUUCUGCGAGGAGUUCAAGAAGAAGUAUAAGCUGAAUGUAAAGGAGAACGUGCGGGCGAUGAUCCGUCUUACUCAGGAGUGCGAGAAGCUGAAAAAGCUGAUGAGUGCAAACUCUUCUGACCUCCCGCUGAAUAUCGAGUGCUUCAUGAAUGACAUUGAUGUGUCAGGGAAAAUGAACAGGACUCAUUUUGAAGAACUCUGCGCUCACUAUUUAGCAAGAAUAGAAGCACCUUUGAGAGCCGUGGUGGAACAAGCUAAGCUUACACGUGAGGACGUCUAUGCUGUUGAGAUAGUAGGAGGAGCUACACGGAUCCCGGCAGUCAAAGAGAGGAUUUCCAAGUUUUUCGGGAAAGACAUCAGCACCACACUGAAUGCUGAUGAGGCUGUAGCAAGAGGGUGUGCUUUACAGUGUGCUAUCCUUUCACCAGCAUUUAAAGUGCGUGAGUUUUCAAUCACAGAUGCAGUUCCUUACCCCAUCACCCUCAAGUGGAAAUCGUGCUCUGAUGAAGGUGUUGGGGAGUGUGAGGUUUUUAGCAAGAAUCACCCAGCCCCAUUUUCCAAAGUCAUUACCUUCCACAAGAAGGAACCAUUUGAUUUGGAAGCCUAUUACAGCAACCCACAAGAUCUGCCAUACCCUGAUACAAGAAUAGGCCACUUUGGUGUGCAGAGCGUGGUCCCGCAGCCUGACGGGGAGAGCUCCAAGGUGAAGGUGAAAGUGCGGGUCAACGUCCACGGCAUCUUCAGCAUCUCCAGCGCCUCUCUCAUCGAGAAGCAGAAGGGGGAGGGCGAGGAAGUCGCCAUGGAAACAGAGCCCACCGUUCAGAACGAGACUAAGGAAGAGCAGAAUAAAAUGCAUGUUGACCAUGAAGAUGCACAGCAGAAGGAACAAGCUGACUUGCCAAACCAGACUGCAGAGGAGGGAGCCAGUCCAGGAUCUGAAUCCAAGGAGAGUGGAGAUACAACAGAACAGCCUGCCGUUUCUGUUAAACCCAAGGUCAAGGUGAAGAGUAUUGAUCUGCCCAUACAUGCCAGCAUCAUCAGACAGCUGGAUCGAGACACGCUCAACAGCUUUGUAGAAAAUGAGGGGAAGAUGAUUAUACAGGACAGACUGGAGAAGGAGCGGAUCGAUGCCAAGAAUGCUGUGGAAGAAUACGUGUACGAUCUUCGAGACAAGCUAUGCAGCAUCUAUGAGAAACUUGUCAGUGAAGAUGAUAGCAGCAAACUUUCCCUCAUGUUGGAGGACACAGAAAACUGGCUUUAUGAAGAAGGGGAGGACCAACCCAAACAAGUAUACAUGGAUAAACUGGCUCAACUGAAGAAAUACGGCCAACCCAUUCAGGAGAGGCACAGGGAACAUGAAGAGAGACCAAAGGCUUUCGAUGAACUUGGAAAAAAGAUCCAGCUCUUUAUGAAGGCUGUGGAAGCUUAUAAAAGAAAGGAUGAAAGAUAUGACCACGUGGACGCUGCUGAGAUGAUGAAAGUAGAAAAGUGUGUCAGUGAGACGAUGGUCUGGAUGAACAGUAAGAUGAAUGCACAAAACAAGCUGAGUGUUGCCCAGGACCCAGUCGUGAAAGUGGCAGAGAUACUUGUAAAAACCCAGGAACUGGACAGUACCUGCAGUCCUGUCAUCAACAAGCCAAAGCCCAAGGUGGAGCCUCCAGCUGAGGAGAAGGACAUGGCAGAUGGGGCUCACAACGGCCCUGUGAACGGACAGAGCGGGGCAGAGGCAGCCAGCGAGAACGCCCAGCAGACGAAACACCCCACGGGAGAGAUGGAAGUGGACUGAGACUGAACGUCAAACCCCUUCAGGAUAUUCCAUCAUCGCAAUAUCGCACUAUAGGUUUCAUGCUAGUGUUAGACCAGGUUUACAAGACAUGUAUGUGGGUUGUAUCAAUUGUCUUUUUUAUAGUUUCUGAUUUUGUUUAAUUUGUAUUUUUUUUGCUUUUUUCUUUCAAUUUGAAUAAAUUAUUAAUUUGCCGUCAUACAGUAUGAGGUGCUUUGAGAUAUGGUAUCAUUUUCAGUGUGCUUUAUGUAUCAGCUUCUCAGAAUGAUUUGAGAUUGUAGAGAACCUUAUUGGAUUAUAAUGCACUACUGUGCUGCCCAUUUAUAGUUUUCAAUAGACAUUACAUUUUUAUUUCAAUAGACAUUUUGUUGCUUGGAAUGACUUUCAUACUAAAAACACAAAUAAAGCACCAACAGGAAAAGAGCAAAGUGUGUGCAAACUUUGUCAUUAGGUCGUUUCCACCGGCAUCGUGUUCAUUUCAGCGAGGUCCCGGGAAUCCCUUUCCGAUGUACCAAUGCAGUCCUUUGACUUUUAAUUAGAUUUUUUGUUUGUUUGUUUUGUGUAUUUCAAGAAGUUGCUCCAGUGAAAAGCAGAAACUUUUUUUCUUUUAGUUCAUAGUAAACAAAAGUUUCAGCUAAUGCCAAUGUACAUUUUCAGUUUUUUAAUCCAGUAUUACCCCAGUCUGGGGACCCUACUUGGCUAAGUGGACUCAUGUACUUCUAGAAUAGUAACUGUUGGAUUCUGAUGGGACUGCAUGACUUUGAGCAACACCAGCACUCCCAACAGGUGUCACAUUCACGUAACGUUCGAGUAACUUUAGGUUUGAUCUCAUUUCUGAUUCUUUUUGUUCAUUUGUUUGUUUCUGUGUAAGUUUCAGAUGUUUUCCAUUUUCCAUUGUGUUUUCUCUUGUAAGAUACUCCAGUUGCAACAGCUGAAUUACACAAUACAGAUUGCAUUCAAAUCUUUCCAUCAGUUUAUUUAUUUAUUUAUUUAUUUGGGUUAAUGGGCCUUGCUACUUAAGAGAGAACUAACCAUUAGUUGGUUUUAAUAAGCUGUCCUACUGCAAGUUUUUUGUUAGCGACUACAGUAGUACAUUAACAUUGCAAUUAAUUGAAUUAUAAUUCAGCAGAGAUGGCCUAGCCUUCCUUUAGACAUUGUUCCUCGUUGUGUCCAAUGGGUUUGACUUCUACUUAUUUAAAAAAAAAAAAAAAAAAAAAAGUGCUUCUGACACCAGGAACUGUAUUGAUGCAUUGCACUGGAACACCAAUUUAUUAGAGGAAUCAUCAUAAACAUUAGCUAUAAAUCAAUUUAAUAUGUAAAUACUCUGAACGGGAGGGAAAAGAACACCAACUAAGAGGGUUUUCUUGUUGUUAUUCAGAUAUAGUAAAAAGCGUACAGUGGAAAAAAGCGGUAUUCCCAUGACAAUAAAUAGAUUUAUGCUUGUAGACAUUACAAACCCAUCGUUUUAGCUGCCACUUAUAUACAAGAAUAUAUUAAUUGGUUAUGUUAUUUUUAUUAGUAAAUUGGCCUUUAACCCUUUGCGGUCCAAUGUAAAAUGUAAAAGCAGGAAAAUGUCAAUAAUGCAAGAAUUUAUCCCAGAAAUAUUUAUAAAUUGUACAAAUAGUUAAGUAUGACCUUGUACCAUUAUAUUUUCCAUCUUUCUGAGGGAAAUUAAAGCAAUGACCAGCAAGUCAUUGUUCUGCCCAAUUAGCCUUAUUAACUUAUCUAUCACUUGGAACAAAUAUUGGACUGGACUUGCUCCUUUGUUUCAGUUAGAGCUCAAGGGACAGGCAAUAUGACAAUAAAUGUAAUUUAAGAGUAAAACAAAAAUAUGAAACCGGUGCAGUUACCUCAUUUCAGUUCAGAGGAACAUAGGCCUUGCUUGUUCCUGCAGGUAGGAUUUGUAACACUAGUUUCAAAUCUGUUAGGAGGCUAUGUACUCUUGUGUGUGCACUGGCUGUACAAUUUUCUAUUUUUUCAUUUAAUACAUUUUGAAACUGCAAAAAAGGGAAUUCUACUGGUAAACACGGUCUAGCAUAGAGAAAAUAAAUGUUUGUUUCAAACUCAAAAUUAGAAACCAGAUUGAGAAGGAAGGCUGCAUGUUGAACAUUUGCACUGAACAGUAGGUGGACUGACAUAACUGUUUUAGACUACGAGUAAGGCAGAUACGUUGUAUGUUCAAUAUGGCUGUCAUGAGCAGAAUACAGUGUCUUGUGUGGCAAGUAAGAAUGGGCCAUCAUAUUUGGUUAAAGAUGUAUUCACAUAUGUUAUUGUUAAUUGCAUUUGUAAGGCCGAUCAGCUGUCUAAUCAGAACUGGUAUGAUGAUGAUUAUUUUGUCAGUUUCUCAGAUUUUUAUGCAAACCAAGUGUGUGUGUGUAUUAUAUAUAUAUAUAUAUAUAUAUAUAUAUAUAUAUAUAUAUAUAUAUAAUGAAUUUGCAAGUACAGUGCUGUGUUAAUUUUAGACCAGGAGACAGCUUUGUGUGUAGCUUCAAUGUGUACUGAUUAGUACUCAACUGGUUAUAAUCUGACAGCUUCUGUUAUUAUUUUGUUAGAAGCUGUAACAGAACUGCCUGGACCACUUUGAAAACUGUAAGUGUAAAAACGUUAGAUCCAUCGUGUACUGGCAAAGUGUUUGUUAAUUAAGAAUUGAGAGGUUUGUCAAAGCCCUUGUACUCUGUAUCAAGGAAAAGUGUGAUGCUGGAAGAGUCAGUCAUGAUUUUUUUAAGAUUAAACCAAAGGGUUUCCAUUAACCUUCACCCCUCUUUCCUAGUUUGCAAGUGAAACAAAAGGAUUUAAGAAAUUAGAAGCACUAAAUCACAUUGCAGUAUAUUAAUUCUCAACAUUCACAUACAACACAAUAUGGACUUGAAGGUGUGGCCUUCAUACUGGUUUGUUUCCCAGGCUUUUCCUGGUCUUGUCUCCACUUUAAACAACAAUAAGACAAACCCCUUUCUCCAGUGUUAAUGGAAGCCCUAAUUUGGACAUAUUUUGUCUUGAUGCAGAGUUCCAGUUGUUUGACAUGUCUAUAACUGGCACCACCUGUCUUUUCAGCUUUAAGCAAUAGUGAGAUACAGUUCAUCUUCCAUAGCAGCUGUGUAAUUAUUCAGUACCAAAAAGAGGUAUUAAAUAUUACAAAAAGCAAA